UAAAGCCUCCAGCAGAGACUUUAGGUAGUGUCAUCAUGUCCACAACAGAGGAAAGCAGUUUGGCAACAAGUCCUGAAAACCAAAAAGUGGAAAAGACAGAAGACCUUUCCUCCAACAAAACAACUGGGGUGAGGAAGUCAAAUCUAUUUCACGGGACUGAGCAGGAUGCUUCCAACAUAGAGGUGGUUGAGGAAAGUUUUCUUCCAGGUUGUUUUGGGCAGCUCAAAGCAUAUUGAGAAAUCGUAUCCCUACAAGUUUCUUCAUCCUUGGCUGGGCACAGGACUUUUAACCAGCACUGGAGACAAAUGGCGGUCCAGAAGGAAGAUGUUAACACCAACCUUCCAUUUCACCAUCUUAACAGAUUUCCUCGAGGUGAUGAAUGAACAAGCCAAUGUCCUUGUCCAGAAACUUGAAAAGCAUGUGGACAAAGAGCCAUUUGAUUGCUUUGUAUAUAUCACACGAUGUGCCCUUGAUGUAAUCUGUGAAACGGCGAUGGGUAGGAAUGUAGGUGCACAGCACAAUAAAGAUUCUGAGUAUGUCCAAGCUGUCUAUAGGAUGAGUGAUAUAAUUCAUUUCAGACAGAGGUCUCCAUGGAUUUGGCCUGACCUUUUCUACAGUAUGUGCCAAGAAGGAAGAGACCAUUCCAAGUAUCUGAAUAUACUUCAUACCUUUACAGAUAAAGUUAUUGCAGAAAAAUCUUGGGAACUGAAAAAACGGGAGCAACAGAAAGGUGAUGCUGUCAACCUCGGUGUGCAAAGCCAGGGCAAAGUGAGAAAAGCUUUCCUUGACAUGCUUCUGAAUGCCACUGAUGAAGAUGGAAAGAAAUUAAGCUACCUAGACAUUCGAGAGGAAGUUGAUACGUUCAUGUUUGAGGGUCAUGAUACUACUGCUGCUGCCAUGAGUUGGACAAUGUAUCUACUUGCAUGUCAUCCAGAAAUCCAAAAGCAAGUUCAUGAUGAAUUGGAUGAAGUUUUUGGAGACUCCAACCGACACAUAACCAUGGAUGAUUUGAAGAAACUACGAUAUCUGGAAUGUGUUAUAAAAGAAGCUCUUCGCCUUUAUCCUUCUGUUCCCUAUUUUGCUCGCAGUCUGCGUGAGGAUGUCUCUAUCAGAGGAUUUAAGAUACCCAAAGGCAUAGAUGUCAUAAUUGCACCUCUUGCACUGCAUAGAGACCCUGACACUUACCCAGAGCCUGAGGAAUUCAGACCUGAGCGGUUUUUCCCCGAGAAUGCAGCUGGGCGGCACCCAUACGCUUAUGUGCCUUUCUCUGCGGGCCCCAGGAACUGCAUUGGUCAACGUUUUGCACAAAUGGAAGAAAAGACCAUUCUAGCAACUGUCCUGCGGAAUUUUUCAGUUGGAACUACACAAACGCACGAAGAGCUCAGACCCAGAGCAGAACUGAUUCUGCGUCCCACUAAAGGCAUAUGGGUUCACUUGAAAAGGAGAAAGCCUUUUAGCUCUGAAAAAUAAAUCUUCCUAUCCUUAUUCAUUUAGAUAUUUUCAUAUGAAUUUUUAUUGCAGAGUAAUUCACACUGCCCAAGUCGACUAAAACAAAAUAAAAACAAAUGUUUAAGUAACAGCA